UCUGUUGGGGUCCAUACUGGGAACAUAUAAAGCAGGCAUGGGAUCAACGUCACCAUCCAAAUAUGCUGUUUAUAUUCUACGAAAACCUGAUGAAGGACAUGUUUUCAGAGGUGAAAACCAUCGCGAGGUUCUUGAAUGUGAAAUAUUCCGAUGAAGAUCUACACCAGCUCGUAGAUCAUUUGGAGAUUGACAAUUUCCGACAAAAAGUACCAUGCACCACUCCCGAGCUAAUAAAAGGGAUCUCAGAGGACGGCCGGAGACUGGAAUUCAUCCGGCGGGGAAAAACCAAUGGAGGUGACCCGGAGCUAACUCCAGAGUUAAGCAGGGAGAUAGACGAAUGGAUUGAGGCCAAUCUCCAAGACACUGACUUCAGAUUUCCGGUUAAAAGCCACUAAUGUUUGGACUCCGUUUAGCAGAAAGGGACCAAGCCACAUCAGCUGUUGCCACAUUCAAAUGGGCAAUAUAAUUUUUUACAAGAGAACGGGCAAUUAAAUUUUUUACAAGAGAACGUUUGUGCGGAG